ACUGACCGGGGUAAAUCCUGAGCCGCUUUGUCUGCACCGGUGAUCCGAGGUUCGACCUGACCCACCGCGGUGCCAAAGCUCUGGAGCUGCACAUGAACAGCAGCACCAUGGCCGCGUCCUCACAUCGGAUCACGCUGGGGCCGCUGGUCGCCGCCAUUGAUCAGGGAACCAGCUCCACACGGUUUUUGGUAUUUAAUUCAACAACGUCAGAGCUGCUCAGCCAUCAUCAAGUGGAAAUCAAACAGAGCUUCCCCAAAGAAGGAUGGGUGGAGGAAGACCCAAAAGAAAUUCUGCAGUCGGUGUACGAGUGCAUGGAGCGGACGUGUGAAAAAUUAACCCAACUCAACAUUGACAUCUCAAAUAUUAAAGCUAUCGGAGUGACUAAUCAGAGGGAGACCACAAUAGUUUGGGACAAGGAAACAGGGGAGCCACUGUACAAUGCUGUCGUUUGGCUGGACCUGCGGACUCAGUCGACAGUUGAGAAUCUGAUCAGCAAAACUCCCGGAAGAAAUAAGAAUCAUUUGAAGCAUAAAACAGGACUCCCCAUCAGCACGUACUUCAGUGCAGUGAAGCUGCGCUGGCUCAUGGACAACGUGGAGGAGGUGCACCAGGCCGUGCUGUCUCACCGCGCCAUGUUUGGGACCGUCGACUCCUGGCUCAUCUGGUGUCUGACCGGAGGGAAGUCCGGCGGAGUCCAUUGCACAGACGUGACCAACGCCAGUAGAACUAUGCUGUUUAACAUUCACACUAUGGACUGGGACCCCGAGCUCUGCAAAUACUUUGGAAUUCCUAUGGAGAUUUUGCCCCGAGUGCGAAGCUCCUCAGAAAUCUAUGGCCUCAUGAAGAUAAGCUCUAGUCUGAAAUCUGGAGCGUUGACAGGAAUUCCUAUCUCCGGGUGUCUUGGGGACCAGUCGGCCGCUCUGGUUGGACAGAUGUGCUUCCAGGAUGGACAGGCCAAAAAUACGUAUGGGACAGGGUGUUUUCUGCUGCGAAACACUGGAUCCAAGCCUGUGAUGUCUGACCACGGCCUCCUGACCACUGUGGCCUAUAAACUGGGCAGAGACAAACCUGCCUGCUACGCACUCGAGGGGUCAGUUGCCAUUGCUGGAGCUGUGGUCCGCUGGCUGCAGGACAAUCUCGGGAUCAUCGCCUCCCACGAAGAGCUUGAGAAGCUGGCUGCUAGCGUGGGCACAUCGUAUGGCUGUUACUUUGUCCCUGCCUUUUCGGGUCUGUACGCUCCCUACUGGGAGCCUAGUGCCAGAGGGAUCAUCUGUGGUCUGACCCAGUUCACUAACAGAAAUCACCUGUCGUUUGCUGCGCUGGAGGCUGUCUGUUUUCAAACCAAAGAGAUUUUAGACGCCAUGAACCAGGACAGUGGUAUCCCCCUGACCCAGCUGCAGGUGGACGGAGGAAUGACAUCCAACCGGCUACUCAUGCAACUACAGGCCGACAUACUGUGCAUCCCAGUGGUGAAGCCGUCGAUGCCUGAGACCACAGCUCUGGGGGCAGCGAUGGCGGCCGGAGCUGCAGAGGGUGUGAGCGUGUGGAGCCUGUGCCCAGAGGACCUGAGUGAAGUCACCUGUGAGAAGUUUGAGCCGCAGAUCAACCCUGAAGAGAGUGAGUUCAGGUAUGCCCGCUGGAAGAAGGCCGUGCAGAGGGCCAUGAACUGGGAGACCACGGAGCCGCAGGGGAACGGGAACAGUGAGCCUAGUAUCUUCUGCAGUAUGCCUCUGGGCUUCUACAUCAUGGGCAGUAUGGUGAUGCUGGUGGGAGCCAAGUACCUCGCAGGUAACACCUAGAUGGAUCCUCAUGCAGAUCUGAAGAAUCACUCAGCAUGGACCCCCGCUCUGUGCUAUGGGCUCUGUGUUUGAACAUUCCAGAAGAUGACUCUAGCCCGGUCCUAAUCCUCAUCCCGAAAGGAAAACCGUGGACAAUCUGACUGAUACUGGGACUUUUAAUAUGUAUUGCUUUUUGCUACUGAAGACGAGGGACUCUGGUACUUUUUGGUCAUAGUAUCCAUGCAGUAUUUUUUGUACUUUAGUUGUGGCAGUAUGAUUUCCCGUGUGUGUGACUGGCGUGUUUUUCUACUGGUCUGUGUAAUUUGCAUAGACGUAACCACUUUUUUAACGGUCGCACACAGGCUAUUUUUGUCUUGUAGCUUCAGGAUUUUUUUU